AUGGCUAAACCCAUCGCCGACUUCCUGAAAGACAUUUUCAGGAGCAAGGCUUUGGUGACAUUAAAUGGGCUGGUGGCUCUGGGCACCACGGGGGGCCAGGAGCUCUUCUCCUUGUUGGCCUUCCAGUGCCCUUGUGAACCAGUUCAGAACUUCUGGUACGGGAUGAUGGCUAUCGGGAUACCCGCCUUGGUGUUUUUCUUCAUCAGCAUCAUCCUCAACAACCAAACCAGGAACCUGGUUAACGAGUGCCGGGGCUUCAGGACCAAGAAACGCUCAUGCAUCAUUUUCUUCAUCCUCCUAUAUUCUAUCGGGGUUCGCACUGUUGUGGCGCCCCUUACCUGGUUGGUCAUUUCCCUGCUGCGCGGGGAGGCCUACGUCUGCGCAUUAAGCGAGUUUGUGGACCCGUCCUCGCUCACGGCUGAGAACGAGAGCUUCCCUCUCUCCCACGCCACGCAGAUCCUGGCCAGGUUCCCUUGCGGGGAGAGCCCUGACAACCUGUCCAGCUUCCGGGAGGAGGUGAGCUGCAGGCUCAACUAUGAGUCUCAGCUAUUAGGGUGGGUGCUCCUCUGCACAGUGGCCGUGGUGGUGUUCCUGAUCAAGUGUCUCAAGGCCUGCAGCUCGAAGCUCAGCUCCGACCAGGAGGCCUACAUGGCCCACUACCUCGCCAAUGAGGAGCAGCUCUUGCGACGCACGGCCGAGGCGCACUCGCUCGCGCUGGCAGCCAAAAACGUGAAGCAGUUCUUCGGCUUCGUGCAGCUCAGUCACAGGGAACGGGCACUGAUUGCCAACUUCCCAAAGCAAGGUACACAGCGGAGUCUACCAUGGGACAAAAUCACUGACAGCUCCAAGUAUCAGGAGAAGCCUGAAAUUCCCCCCUACAGCCACCUGCACAAGUGGGCCAUCGAGCAUUCUGGCAUCGAUGAGGAGUUCAAUAUGACCCCACUUCUCUAUCCUCAGCCCCAUCUUGCUGACAGCCCAACCCCCGACCCUUGCAGCACCACCCUUUCUCACAAACCACCGGCUCUGGAGGAAGAAUGA